AUGAAUUCCAUCCCCCCGGCACCGACGACCUAUAGCUUGUUCCGCCACAAAGCAAAGCCGGUGCCGGCAUCUGUUACUCGCGACCCCAUGCCGGCUCACUUCGAAUUUGUGCCUUUAGACGGCGGCGAGGGAAAGCCUCAAGACAUAAGAAGGGACCGAAUUCGACGUCAUUGCAUGCGCGGAAAGAACAAGAGGGACGAUUCUCGUCGGACGCAGCGCCAGAUUCGACGGUCAGCGAGGAACAGGCGUAACUCACAGGGAGACACUCCUCUUGCUGCUGUGCCAUUCGACGCCGCUGUCUCAUUACAGUCGUUUUCUCAAACUGAGAAACCGCGCAAGCAGGCAUGUUUAGAGAGUCAGAACGCCUGGGCGAGCUCACCGGGUCCUAUUGCGCCACGGACGACAUCUCAUUCCCCCUCUGGGUUGACGCUUCGAUAUUGUUCUUAUGGGGCCAUGCGUGACUGGUCCAGGUUCUUGUCACUGAAGGAUAUCAUAUACCCCGUCGAACCCUGCAUAGCCUUUGAGCAAGAAGACGUUGGAGGGAUGAUGUGGCUGACUGUCGACGAAUCUUUCCUUUGUAGCGUUCAGUUUUCGAUAUUCGCCAUGGAGGACUUUCUGCACCGUCGGACACCCGUGCCCGAUACGUGGUCAUACCUUCAGCGAGCCAUCACGCUGCUCAACGAAAGACUGAGCUUGGGAGUUGUCUCCUUGCAAAGAUCCACUGUCUACAAUGUCGCACUACUGGCACUUACCGCUAGCCUUUUCGACGACCACGAUGCCACAAAGGCGCACCUGUUUGGCCUGCGUAAGAUGGUGCAGCUUCUUGGCGGCAUACACUACCUUCAUGACAAUCCAAUACUGGAUUAUAAGCUCAGUCGUCUUGAACUCCAUCUCUACUUAAACACGGGAUACCUCUUGCCGUCUGACGGGGAAGUUUCUUGGACCCCGAUGUUUCCAUCGCUACAAGCCGAUAGUGAAGUCGCCAGCGAAAUGCAAUUGUUCCAGGGUCUCUGCGAACCGAAGCUAGCGGUCAUAUUUCAUGACCUUCAGUUUUUCACAAACAUGAUCAAUGAGCAUUUGGUGCAGGGCAGGCAAAUGGGAGUUGCAACCUUCCAGAGCCAAAUCGACUGCAUUCAGAUGCGACUACUUCAGCAUCAACUAAUGAAUUGCGACAAUUUGGGCGAAAGCCUUCGACUGGGGAUGCUUGCCUUUAUUGUUGUUACCUUCGGAUUGCCAAGCAGCAACAUACAGCACGGAUACCUCGGUCAUAGACUCUACCAAUCGCUACUCAAGAUCGACUUCGCAUCAUCAAAGCUUCCAAAAAUCUUGUUUUGGGUGCUCAUUUUGGGUUGCAUGAUAGGGCUGAACAUAGACGAGCCCCCGCUCCUAACGUACCAAACACAACUUGUCGGGCAUAAUGUAUCCUGGGACGACGCUCGCCGAAGCUUGCAAAGCGUAAUGUGGAUUGAUCGAAUUCACAAUGACCGUGGACGAAAGACUUUCACUAGGCUGAACUCGAAAUAUCAGAUUCCGGCCGGCUGUGUGGCUUGA